AAUGGCGUUCUAAGCAAAUUUAAAGAGUGACCACUGCAGCUCAUCACAGCUCAAAUGCGACACUGCAGUGUCCGGAGUGAUCGCAACUGCAUAUGAACAUGCGUUCCACGACGGUGAAGAGCCGUAAGAAAAAGGCAUCGCGUUUUGAUGAGUGACGACGAUGCCGUACCUCAACGCCGGCUGAAAACAACCAGCCUGCAUAGGGUAGCGCGAGCCGCGGCCUCCCCGAGGAACGUCGACCCACCUGAGCCGUCACCCUUGCUCACUCCUUACCAGCUUCCCGCCCUCAGGAAGAACAAGCCACCCCGAUACAAACACUGGAUGGGUCGGGCGUACUCGCGGGGCCAAAUCUACUCGGCCCUGCUGGUGGACAAGUGCAAUAACGUCAACGGGCUGGCGGAUGACACGAGACUGCUGCUGGCCGACGACGACGAGUACGCCGUCGGGCCGAGACGGUCGCCCAUCUUCGCUGUCUGCUGCAUCUUCCUCUUCCUACUCGCGCUACUAUACAUCCCCGUCUACUACCACGUCCAGGUUCGAGAGGCUCCCGUCGCCGGUUGGGAACGCAACUCGAGCCGCAACCUGCGCGAGUACGUCCAGCCGGACAAUCUGACUGCCAUUAUAGAACAACCCUCGAUAUGUGCCUCCAGCGGACCCAUUCUCUUGCUGGUUAUCGUCUGCUCCAGCGUCGACAACUUUGACGCGCGCCUCGCCAUCCGAGAAACAUGGGGCUCGCCAGCCAACGUGAGCGAUGAGACGCUGCGAUUGGCCUUUCUGCUUGGCGACACGGAGUCGCUCGAGCUGCAGAACAAGGUGGAAGCAGAGAGCGGCAAGUACGGCGACAUCAUUCAAGAAGGCUUCCUCGACACCUACAACAACCUGACCCUCAAGUCAGUGAUGCUGCUGAAGUGGGUGCGUUCGCACUGCCGACACGCGCAGUAUGUGAUGAAGACGGACGACGACAUGUACGUUAAUCUGCCCAAGUUGAUCACCUACCUCCAAGAGGACCUGGCCAAAUUCCGUCCCCGCAUCGCGAAACCCACUGCUGUCGAGCUUCCUGCCACCACCUUGACAAGCUCUCUGCCAGAUUUUGCAGACUCGCUUAGUGAGUUGCUCGUCGGAACUCUAAUUUGCAACGCGCAGCCCAUCUCCAACGCCCGAAGCAAGUGGUAUGCUCCGAAGUACAUGUUUGAAGGCCGGAGGUAUCCAAAGUACUUGUCUGGCACAGGAUACGUGAUGUCGGCAAGGGUGGUAAAAAAGCUGUUUGACGCAGCGUUGCACACGCCGCUGUUCCACCUGGAAGACGUGUACAUCACAGGUAUCUGCUCGAAAGCAGCCAAAAUCCGGCCGCACGACCACGGAGGCUUCAGCUACCAGAAGCGCAAGCUGGAGGCGUGCGCGUACCGCAACCAGCUGUUCACCAGCCAUCACAUGAACAGCACCGACCUGCGAACGGUGUGGGCCGCCGUGCAGGACCCCGGCCUCGUGUGUCCCAAAGUGGUGCCUACCGCCAAGAAACCCACCAAGAAGGGCAAGAAAGCCCCGAUAUGUGUUUGAUACGUGAACAUUUCAAGUGCCUGUAAAGCCAGAAAACUUACUUUUCACUACAGUUUAAUGCGAUUUUUGGAUGAUGCGUGUCAGCAGGUUCUGCAUUUUGCAAAAUUAAUUUAACUGGUUAAAUGAAGGGUUUGUGUGCACAAAUAGCGUGGUGAAUAUUAACUAGCCUUACCGAGGCAGAAAGUCGACUGAAAAGAGGUUGUGCAAUCGUACUCUAAAUAAGGGAAUGCCUCAAUUAUGAUGUAGUAAUUCACCAUCAUUAACUAAAGCUUAAUUUCGUACCGUGACUUCAAGUGAGCAAAAAUUGGCAACAAUAUUUAAUCCCUGAUCCAUCUCAACAGCUCUAACUAGAAGUCACUUGAGGUAUUUAGUUCUGCUACCAUUGCCUGUUUCUUUUCACCUCAAAUUUCGAUUUCAGCCGCACAUUGCUUCAUUAUUUAUUGACUCCGGGUCACGAUAACCCUUGAAGAUUUGUUCCUAAGGUUCCUACUGAAGCAAAAUCAGAAUUUGUACUGGCUGAUAUGUCCAAAUUUUGCUCGUGGAUCUAGAAAACUUACUAAUUUUACAUCACACAUUCUUCGAUCCUGGCCUAAUUGAAAGAGUGAAAUGUAGCAAAAGAGCAGCCGAUGAAGCCUGCUGAUUCUCUUCCCGUUUAGAAUCAAAGAGUAUAUAAGGAAAAGUGUGAUUCACCAAGUAAAUUGAUAAUAACUGAUAGCAAGCCGCAUUCCCUGUGAGGAUUUUAGUUGUUUAACUCGGGCCUGGUGCUUUUGUCAGUAUUUUCUAAUAUCUUGGACAGGCUGAAAUUUUAUUUUAUCUUGCGUCAGUCACAACUUUUAUCUUUCAAACUUGACGACAGUUGAUAUCAAAAAGAGCUGUUACCAAAAUUGUUGAUUUGUGUGCUAACAUAGAGAAUGCUAUUACAUGUUUUGUUGGAAUUGCUGGUGCUGGUUCUGCAAGAAAGCUGAGGUGCUGGAACGAAUAAUAUUGGAGUAGAAUGUUUCUAUGAAACACAAAUACUAUUUAGAUCCAAUUUUUGAAACAUCAAAUUUCAUAUGAGGUAUGUUUAACUCAAAGCCCUGUAAUCUCAAUCAAAAAGUUAUCUCUGUAUUCGUAUUUGUAUCCUCGCCUAACUAGCAUGCUAGAAGUAACUUAUUAUUUUAUUAUCAAAAGUACACUUCUUGGAUCUUUGAAAAAGCGAGUCAUAAUAUUAUCUUUGCACUUAAAUUAAUAGAAUGCUUUCAACGCAUUUGACAUAGUAAUUAAUUUUUUUUAUUUUGAUUCUUAAGUAUAAAAUCGACCAUCUCCUAAGGUGCUAAUUAUUAGAAUUAUCCAUAGAUUCCACCCAAACUACUAUUUUGAAGUGGCUCCACAAAAUAUUUGGUCUUUCAAGAUGCCAACAAUAUUCCCUAAUUAAAACAUAUUCUUUAUUUAAAGGUAGUGCAAGAAGUCAGUUCAAUUUUUGGAUUUUAGUCAAUUGUUAAGAUUGUAAUAUUGUGAUAAAUGAAAGGUUUCUUUAAUUAUAUAAUGCGAGAUGAAGUAUUAUAAUAAAAUGAGAAAUUCCAAACAUAA